AUGUCGGAAGAAGGGCGUGAUCUUAAGAUUGAGGCAGCUAGGAAGCGUGUUGAGGAACUUAAACUGAAAAAGAAGAAAAAGGGUAACAAAAAGAAGAAUGAUACGGCCGGGGCUGCUGAGGGGGAGAAAGAAGAUUCCAAGGCUUCUGCAGGUACAUCAGAUGUUCCAUCAAGAGCUUCUAAGGAAGUAGAUGAUUCAGUUGAUACUGAGGCGAAUGAUGAGGGAGGUUCAGACGCUGCGACGAAAGAAGAUGUUAAAACUGAUGCUAAAAAUACGUCAGAGACAGAAGGGAAGGAGGAAACUACUACGAAGAACGAUAACGCUGCCACUGUAGUCAAUGAUGAGGUAAAUAAAGAACUCCCAAAAGAUGAAGCUAAGAAGGAUGAAGUUGCUGAAUCAAAGGAAGAUAAGAACGAUCCCGAACCUGGCAAAAGUGUCGUGUCUGAUACAGCUUACAAUAAAAAGGCUCAGGAGGACAAUACUAAUGAGAAUGAGGAAGCAAAGGAGGAGAAGUUGUUUGGAGAUUCUGAUACUGCUGACUUCAUGUCUACCAUACGGGAAAGCAAUGAUAAAGCCAUUGUCGAGCAGUACAAAACCCAGAUUUCCGACUUACAAGCUCAAUUAAAAAAAAUGAGGUUCAUUAAUAUGGAUCAAGAAGCUACAAUAGAAGACUUGAAAGAUACCUUAAAAGAGUUCACAGAAAAGCUUAACACUGCCAACAAGGAAUUGGUAUCUACGAAAGAAGAACUAUCGGCUGUACGCGCAGAACUCUCUUCAAAAGAAUCCCAGCAGGGAUCUGCGCCAUCGCAAACCAUGUCCACGCCGGCUUCAUUGGUACAAUUUGCCAGCUUUCCGCAAUCAACGCCUGAUUCUGGACUGCAGACUGUUCAACCGCGCCCUGUUGAAAGGUCUGUUUUGGAAAAAUGGCGGAACUGGAAUCUUGACAUGUCUAAAUGGAGAUCCAUCGGCUCAGGGCCAGUAGUAGAAUUUUAA